AUGUCUCUAGGACGUAAAUUCAAGCUCAAUUCUGGGUAUGAGAUCCCCGCUGUUGGUCUAGGAACCUGGAGAUCCGCGCCUCACGAGGUAGAAGAUGCUGUUGCGACGGCACUUCGCGUGGGAUACCGGCAUAUCGACGGUGCUGCUGUCUAUUUGAAUGAAGCCGAAGUAGGACGGGGAUGGAAGAAGUCCGGUGUUCCUCGCGAGGAGAUAUUUUUAACGAGCAAGCUGUGGAAUACGCACCAUCAUCCGAGCCAUGUCGAAGAAGCGCUCGACAAGACACUCAAGGAUCUACAGACGGAUUAUCUGGACUUGUACCUAAUCCACUGGCCCAUAUCAUUCGCACAUACGAACGACACAUUUCAGCCUGUCGACCCGGUCACAAAACGAUUCCGUUUAGUGGACAUUCCCAUCGGGGAUACUUGGGCAGCGAUGGAGAAGCUAGUCAAGGCUGGCAAGAUUCGAAGCAUUGGAGUCAGCAAUUUCACCAUCGAGAAGAUAGAGGAACUACUCAAGACAGCAGAGAUUCCCCCGACGGUCAACCAGAUCGAAGCUCAUCCUUAUCUCCUUCAGCCCAGAUUGUUCCAUUACCUGAAAGAGAAUAAUAUUCUGCCGGUUGCUUAUAGUCCUCUGGGCAACAAUAUCUUCGGUGCUCCUCGUGUUGUCGAUGACCCCGCCGUGAUCGAAAUAGCAAAGAGACUGGGCAAGGAUCCUGCAGGAUUGCUGAUCUCUUGGGCUGUCCAGCGUGGUUCCGCUGCUAUUCCAAAAAGUGUCACAGAGAGUCGUAUUCAGAGCAAUUUCCAAGACUUCAUCAUCCCUGAUGCAGAGUUCGAAGCUCUCAGCAAACUGGACCGCCAUCAACGGUAUAGCUAUCCGUUCCGCUGGGGUGUGGAUGUGUUUGGGGAAUUGGGUGCUGAGGAAGCCGAGAGACGCGCGGAGGAGCAUGCAGCGAAGCUCAGAGAGAGUGAGAGCGCAUAA